UGAAAGGAGGCCGUUCUUCUACCCAAUUUUAAAGCAGCGUCCACGCAAGCUGGUGGUGUUACCCCGCCUCCCCCAAUCACCUCCUGGUUUACCGACAGUGACUUAAAGCAAUGCAUCUUAAAUGGUUUAUUAGCCUAUAGUGCAAAACAUCUUUGCCAUGGAAGAAUCUUCGUCUAGCCUGGCCACUGUGAUGAAGGCUGCGAACAUACAUCCAUUUGGGAGAGAGGAAGAUGACUCACUGGAGAGGCUGUUUAUGUUCUUUUGUGAGCAUUUGCGGCAGGGACACUGGGCCUUGGCACAAGCCUGUAUGCCCCAGUUAAGGCAAUGGCAAAGUGGUGGUGCAGAACAAGUGAAGGAAAUCCUUCAGGCAAUCGUCGUCUGUCCAUACAAGCUAAGGUGGGAGUCGGUUUCUAGUCCUCACCGACUUGCCUGGCUGUGGUUACUGGAGUUGGAACUUUGGUGGUCACAUGAUCAGAUAUUGCUUCCACCAUUUGUCAAGAGUGAGAUUGAAUUCUUUUUGCUCCUGGAGCAGCUGCAGCCACAGAUCUCGCAAGAUGUCAUAAAGGAGCUCCAUGAUAUGUUUUUAAACUGUCAUAAUCCUGAUCUGUUGAUUGAGAAGCAAGAGGACCUCAGUGCCUAUAAACUAAGUCCUGAGGCAUUUUCUUCUUUGUGGGACCUUGUGCCCAGCAGCCCUCAGCUUGUUCAGGCUGUGGUUGCUUAUUUGCUGGUCGAAAAUGGCAACAAUUCUGCUGUGGAAUACAACCACAGGCUACAGAAACUAAUGGUUGACUUUUUGCGGGAUGGUCUAUGUUCGCUGAAGGAGGCUCGCCAGGGAAAGGCCAAGACAGGAUCUGCCAUGGAUAUGGACGAGUGGACCAAAAACCAUAUCUACUCCGUUGUUUCUGUGCUUACUUUUGAUAUGGAAAGGCAGGCCUGUGAAAUCCGACAGUUGUGUGAGGAACUGUAUGAUGCUUGCUGUGCCACAGAAUACGGACUGAGUGAGGAGCGCUUACUUGGCUUUAUGCUUAGAAAAUCGAACCAGACUCUGAUCAGUUUGUACAGCACUGUAUCCAUCCAGAAAAAUAAAGAGAAGCUGGUAGCACAGAUCUCACCUGAAAGAGUGUCUCUUGGACUAUCAGAGGCUGAAAAGGUUACAUUAGCAUCAUUCAUAGACUCUGAGGACCCUCCUUCCUGGAAGGCAGCUUAUUUCUACAGCACAAGUACCAGUAAGCACUUUCUGGAGCAGGUUCUGAUAACUGCCCUGCACUUAAUAAAGCGGGAGGAUUACAGCAUUUUAAACAAAUUGAUGAAGAAGACGUUUAAACCCCUUUCACAGCUCGCAGUGUUGCUGGGCUGGACUUAUUGCCAAAGUCUGGAAUCGACUCAGGCUCUGUUACGCACGCUCCAUCAAAGCAAGGAGCUAUGUUGUGAUGCUGUACUCCAAGAGUUCUGUGGUGGGUUGUCUUCUCAAAUCGAGGUUCUUGAGUGGUGUUUGAAAAGGAACAGAAACAGCAUUCCUGAGAAGGAUUUUGUUCGGCAUUUGCACAGUCUGGACUGCCAUUCUGCUUUGUAUAGUCUGCAUCACUUUACCGACCUGCCUGCACUGAAAGUGGAAGAUGUCAUUGACCUCCUUCAGAAGCAACCUGCUAAUGGCAAGGAUGAUGACAAUUGUGCAAGAUCUCUGAGCAUGAUUCAGAGGCGAAAUGUGACGUUGUACCAAGCGUUGUGUGCCAUCAAGUAUGCCAUAUAUGCACUCUGUAUAAAUGCACAUCAGCGAUCUUUGUGUAAGAACUGUCCAUAUUGGUUAUUGGAUGCAGCUGUUAAAGAUGUUUCACUUGAAAAUGAUCAACUAUGUAGUCAAGGUUGUUCUCCAGUUUUCAAGUUGUAUUUGUCCAGAUGCCAGAAGUUUCUGCAUGCGAUCCCCGCGCCUUUCCGUUUAGAGGUGUUGGAGAAUAUAUUCUCAUUAUUAUUCUUGUCCUACAAUGACCUCAAUGGGAAAAAAACUGGACACGAAGGACAGUUUUGCCUUGAAGAACAGGGAGACACUGAACAAAUACAGACAGGACCGGGUUUUGACAGUAUUGUAGAACACUUAGAAUCCACAAUAGAAGUUGUGGGUAAUGAUGCUGUGCAUUGUGAGCACUUGACCACUGGGUUGGAAGAGAAGGUUGCACAAAACAGCUCAGGAGGCCUUUAUAAUGGCUGCGCACAGAAGCUGAAGAUGACAAACUUAAUGCCCGGGUCUGCAGAAGACGAUCCAACAGAACAGCUAGAAUACCUGAAUCUGAGGCAUUUUACCAUGAACACAAACCGUGGGAAUGAUUUUUUAGUGAAUGCGGUGACGAUGAACAUAUUUCUAGAGAUGAUAAAGGAUCACCUGGAGGCAAUGAAAUGCCAUAUUCCUUGGACACCUGGGAAUGUAUCUAAAGAAGAUGUGCAGCUUGUGGAAUGCCUGAAUUGUUCAGUUAGUGCAGACUCUUUUGGCAGCCGAUUAGCCCAACUUUCCAGGUAUAUCUGUGAAGCCCAGUGGAGGUACAAAGUAGUAACAAGCAAUAAAACGACCGAAGGUGACUUGCCGUGCUUCACUAAAAAGCACCCACCUUCGUCAAAGCACUCCACACUAAAGAGGCGAAGCAGAGUACGAAGAAACAGGAUGGAACAUCGAGCCAGUUCACACUUGACGGUGGAGAGCGUGAGUGGAGAUUUAAGUACUAGCACCUCAGAUGGCGGGAGUGUCGUAAAUUUGGCUGUAACAAAUGAACAGGGAUUUAAAUCUCAAGUUCCCAGGCAUAAUCUUCUACUUCCCAUGAUGUUGGCUCCACCAGAGUCUCUUCUUGUUUCUUGCAUCCUGAGAGGAAACUAUGCUCAAGCACACCAGGUAGUGUUGAUGUUUGAGUUGCAGUCUUCUUACAGCUAUGGUGAACUGAUCUUUAUGGAACAGUACCAACAAGUAAUCAAUGAACUUGCCAAAGUAGAACAGAAAAUGGAGAACAAAGGCAUAGACAACACCAGUCGCAAAUUAAGUGUUGGGAAAUUCACACUUCAAGCAAUUGGCGAUGCUGCAGCAGCAGGUAUGGUAUUUUAUUCCAUUUCUGAUGUCAUUGAGAAGCUGAUUAAUUCAUCCGCGGUUGCCAACUCAGCAUUUCUAGAGGACUUCUGGAAGAGUAAAGUACAAAUUGAACCAACUAAUCCUCUCCAUGAGAUUCUGGAGGAUCUUAGUGGUCCUUCUAUGGCUGUCUUUGACCUGGCUUGUACCCAGUGCCAAUUGUGGAAAACCUGUAAACAACUCCUGGAAACUGCAGAAAGGAGACUUACUGCUACUUUUGAAGCCAAAGGCAGAAAGGUUGACUGUGCUCGUCGUCAUCCUGAUGGAAUCCAAGGUUUUCCUACAAUCCUUCAACGAACGAGCAAGAUCCUGAACUAUUCCCAUAGUUCGCAUGGACCAACCAAAGCCAAGCCUACUGAGGACAAAGUCGCCAGCCACCUCAACUGCAGUGUGACAGAGCUCCUACUAACAUGUUACCCUGCACUUUCCGAGGACUGUGUCACUUCACAUCUCAGCUUAUCAGAGCGCUUGGAGCAGAUCACAAAGAAACUUCAAACAGCAAUAACGUCUCCUGAGGCAAAAGGAAAUAUACUCAACUGCUUGGAACAAACAAACUCUCGAUCUCAAGAUCCAGAAGGGCACACCACCCGGAACCAGAUGAAGCAAUUGCUGAAGAAUCUAGACCAGCAGGUCCAUGAUGUGAUAGAAAACCAGAAAAGAGCAGACUAUGUGCGUAGCGUGUUUGACUACAUUAACACGCUUGCAGCAGUGCUUAUUCGAAGUAUGAACCGAGAUAUGGAUCGAUUUGCAGAGGUAAAAGUAGGAAAUCCCUUCAUAGUUCUGCAACAGACUCCAUCACAACUGCUUGCACAUCUGCUUUUUGAGAAAUCAACUUCACCUGAACGGUUGUUCAUGUUACUGCACAACGAAGAAUUGAACCUGAGUGUACAGCAGAUUAUAGUUAACUGCUGCUGUGAUUGCCUUCCUCUGUGGAGCACCAGCAAAUUAAGUCAAUGCCCAACUUUUCUCGGUGAAGUAACUAAGCUAAUUGAAGAGCACACAAAACACUGCCUGCCUGAUUUGGGAAUCAUCUUCCCAAGUUCACCCCAUCUGGCAGAAGAAAAUCUGAAAGAUGAAUCCCCAGAUUCUUCCUUGGGACCAUAUUCUCUCAUUCCCUCUGCCCUGAAUUUCAUCAAGUCUCGUUCAAAGUUACUCGCAGUCCUUGUCUGUCUAACAGUGACACAGGGUCAAAGGGCAUUGAAACAUGGUCUGUCAUGGAAGGAGCGCUUGAGUGGUCGCACGGAGGCACCCCUUGACAUGGAACAGAUCUCCAAGGAGUGUGAACAGUUAAUGAAGGAAUUUCCAGUCCUUGAGCACUUUCUUUCUACAAUGGCUGAACCUUUUCCUGGAACUCAUGAAGGAGCUGCCAGUCUUGAGGACUCUUUGUGUGGUAACCCGUGCACGACCCUUUUGCUGUCAGGCCUUCGUUCUGAGGUAGCUGUAAGCACACUCACAGAAACCUUCAGACAAGUCCUGUGUGAUGGUCACUGGCUCAGAGCAUUGAAAAUUCUUGAUUUGUAUGGUGCUGAGACUGAAGAGUUUGAGAAACUGAAAGAUAUCCUGCUUAGCUGUGCUGUUGUGGAAGCAGAGAAAGAAGGUUGGAGGUAUCUGUUCCGUAUAAGAGAUGCAAUUCUACGGGCAAAGCUUGUUCUCCACUGCUCAGAGAAAUGGCCCCUUGAUGCUUGCCUUGAAGUUCUGUUGUAUUGUCUAAGUGACCCCAGUACAGAUAAAAGCGAGUUAAAAUCAGAUCUGCACACCAAGAAGAAGGAACUGCAGGUUUACGAGAAGGUCCUCAAUCUGAGAUCUCUGGUACCUUGGUCUAGCUGGCAGGAACUGCGGACUGAAUCCACUGAGAACCCACAGGCUGUGAUGGACGUCAUUUUGCAGGCUGGGGAGUUUGAGCUUUGCGAAGCUUGGAUCCAGCUGCACCCUGUAUCAGUACACUUUACGAUGAAACUCAGGCGUGAAUAUCUCCUUCACCUGCUUGAGAAAGGAGACAGAGAGAGAGCGUUCCAGCUCUUGCAGGGAAUCUCUGAUUCUGAUAUGUGCCAAGCUGUAUGUGAACAGGCUCUGGAUCAGCAUCCAGGACUAGCUGCUUGCCACUUUCUGGCCAAUUACCUUACCAUGCACUUUCAUAAGAAUCUGUCUGCUGCACGCCAUCAUGAAAUUCAAUCAAUGCGCAUUGGAUCAAAGCUUUUACUAACUCUACCAAAUUCAGCACGCGAUGUCUAUUCACAUCUGUCAUCGAACCCAUUGCUGAUGCUGGAGCAGCUACUCAUGAAUAUGAAAGUAGAUUGGGCAUCAGUGGCUGUGCAGACACUUCAUCAUUUGCUUAUGGGGCAAGAAGCUGGUUUUGCCAUUGAAGACAUUGAUAGCCUUCUUUCUAAAUAUGCAACCAAGGCCCUUGAAGUUCCAUAUGCGGUGCGAGAGAAAGCACGAUCAGAUUCUGUGAUCAACCUACAAGAUUUGCUCACUCAGAGUACAGGACCACAGAAUUUUACCUUGUCAUCAAACAUUGAGCGCACACCAAGUAUGUCUUCUGUUAACUCCGCUCUCCACGGACCAACUAACCCUCAAGAAGGAUCCCAUCGAAGGUCUAAAUCAAUCGGUGAAUUUGUUCCUCCAGAAAACCCACCUGCCAAGAAAGACUGGGUACCUGACAAUAAGGCAUUGUUUUGCAUGGUCUGUUGGAAGGAGAGGUUCACCAUGUUCAAUCGACGACAUCACUGCAGGCGCUGUGGGCGUGUCGUUUGCCAGUCUUGUUCAACAAACAAAAUGGUGAUUGAGAACUGCAGGGAGAGCCCAGCACGAGUUUGCGACCAAUGUUAUCAUUCUUAUCAUGUAAAUGAGAAAGAACAACUAGAUCAAGGAGAAGAUCCCAUGAGUUGUGGUGAAGGUGGUUCGGAUCUUGCUGUAGCACUGCAGAUGCCGCGGGUUUCCGAAGUACAAUGGAACUUGACUCUGAACGAAGAUGAGAAUGAAAAUGAGCGCUGUGAGUUUUUCUACGAGCAGGCUCCCAGUGCUUCCUUGUGUAUUGCCAUCAUGAAUCUGCACAGCAAUAGUAUGGUGUGUGGCCAUCAGUUGAUAGAUCACUGCAGCAGACUGUCUCGAGCAUUAACAAACCCAGAAGUGGAUUCCUGUCUUUUAAUGGAUAUCAUGAAGCAACUUCUUUUCAGUGCUAAAAUGAUGUUUGUGAAGGCAGGAAGGAGCCAAGACCUAGCCCUUUGUGACAGUUAUAUCAGCAAGGUGGAUGUAGUGAAGAUUUUAGUUGCUGCUAACUACCAGGAUGUACCUUCUCUGGAGCAAAUCCUUAAACCAGCAGCCAUUACAAGAUUGAGAAAUAAGCUUUUGGAAACUGAAUACUAUGCACUGGCUGUUGAGGUUUCAACUAAGAGUCUACUGGAUCCAGGUGGAGUCUGGCAUGCUUGGGGGUUAGCCUGCCUCAAAGUGGGGAACCUGUCUGCAGCUCGGGAGAAAUUCAGUCGCUGCUUAAGGCCACCAUUUGACCAAAACCAACUGAAUCUCGGUCCUCCACUCUUGCAAGAAAUAAUGCAGCACCUAGAGACAUCUGUUAGACCAGUCUUGCCUGUGCAACAGGACGACGACAUUCUUGCCUCCCUGAAAGAAUUGGAGGCUGUUCUGAAGGGUGAAGGUGCAGGCUUUGAAACUAUGGGGGAUGGGAAGAUCAAACAUCAGGUCUUUUAUCAAGAGUGCCUCUUCUACUUGCAAACUUAUGGCACUAACUUGGCCAUCAUUAGUUUUUAUAUGAGACACAACUGCAUGAGAGAAGCAUUGCAGCACCUGCUGGAUAAGGUUUGCCCUGAAGAGGUGUUCAUACGAGGGAUUUUCAUACCAAGUUAUGAAACUGGAAAACUGCAUGCUCUAGAAAACUUGAUGGAACAUAUGGAUCCAAGCCUGGAGAGAUGGAGUUGCCAUCUAAUUGCAUCCUGCAAACAUUUGCAAACAAGGGGUUUCUUCAACAUUCUGUACGACCUGCAGCAAUUUAUGAAGGAUCACACGCGAGCAGCCAUGACGUGCAUCAGGUUUUUCAGUCACAAAGCUGAAUCCUAUAGAGAACUGGGAGCCAAGCAGGGUUGGCUGACGGAAGCUAAGGGUCACCUGAAAACAUAUUUGCAAGAAGUGUCUAACCGCAGCUCGUUGAGAAAGAAAAUUAUCAGCUCUUUUCGCAAAAAAAUGUCUGCGGCGGAUGUCUCAAGGUACAUAAAUACAAUUGAGCUGCAGAUUGAAGUAACCAAGUUCUUGCAUCGGUGCGAGAACUCAGGAACUUCAAGGAGCAGUGGACCGCCUGCCAAUCUCUUUGGGAAUACUAAAAUGAAGAUGGAAGUUGCAUGCAAGGUUCUGCUUGGAGGCAAAAAUAUUGAAGAAGGUUUUGGAAUUUCUUUCAGAGUUAUUCAGGACUUUCAGUUGGAUGCAGCUGCUGUGUAUGAUAAAACCGCAAAACAUCUUCUGCAACAUCGCAAGUUCUGUCAAAUAAAACAGUUGCUGAAAUGUGUUAGUGAAUCAGGAGUAGCUAGCGGCGAUGACACCGAUAACCUCCUCAUCCGGUUUAUUGAAGGUGGUGAUGAACAUCUUUCACAGUCAAAAGACCUAGAGAAACUGAUUCUUGAAAUGAAGAAAGAUGAAAAUAAGAUUAAAGCUUUCUUGUCGUGUAGUAAGUACCGUUCUGCUUACUUGGUUGCCGUGAAGCUUGACCUGGUGCAGGCAGUGCAUGUUGUACGGGAAGUGCUGGAAGCUGCUGAAGGAGCUGGAGAUGAACUCAUACCGAAGAUCUGUAGGGACUGGCUGAAAUCACAUCAGCUUAAGACUCUGUCACAAAAGACCCACAGCAAAUGAUUUGAAGGGAAUGUGAGGACAAACAGAAUUGUAACUACUACCUCAAGAAAAUUUGCCAUGAAAUAUUAUUAGAUUCAACAAAAAAAGAAAGAGAAUGAAGUUGUAAAAAUUCAUUGUACAAUUAUGAGUAUGGCGGUAUAAUUUUGUGACGUUACCUGAUGAAGUGUUUUGUUACUUUUUUUUGGUUUGAAUUUUAAAAAGUAAUUGUUGAACUCUUUCUGUUCUCACCCACUCAUCUGCAGCCUAUUGAUUCCGGACUUAUUCCAAGUUAACUCACUGGUAAGCUGUUGACUUCUGUCAAGACAGGCAUUGACUACAAACAGUUGUUUGGAAUGUGGCACUGAAAUGACUGGUUCAGUGUUAGCAGAGCUUUAGAAGAAUGUAGGCUAUUGACACUCCAGCUUUGUGAGAGAUGUGAUUUCAUUCGAAUGUAGCCUAGCUGGGUUGCCAAUUGGGGUCAAGUUAACCCAAUUUCAUAUUUUGGUGAUUGUGGUCGCAAAGCCUGAACUCUGCUUGGUCUGACUCACCCUGUGACACUAAUUUGGCCAGUUCAUCUUUGCAGAAAACCUGAAGUUGCCAUACCAAAACCAAUUGUGAAUUGAUCUGUUUCCAAAGCAGUUUCCUUUGAACUUGAGGUGUAAACAUGUGUCCAAAAUUCUAUUGUUGAAUUUCACUUUUGCGCUGUGAACACCAUCCCCUCCAAGUUGUUAAGCACAGAUUCAUAAUUUUUAGUAUCAUAGUCAGCCAAGUUUUCACUGGUGUUCUUGAAAUGAAGAAGUUGUCACGAUUCCUGCUGCUGUCAAUCAGCAGCUUUGUGAAUCCUACUUGCACCCUCAUGACUGACCUAUCUAGAGGUGAACAAGGAAAAGCAAUGCUUUUCCCUUCCUCCUUUUUGCAUCUAUUUCUUCCCCCUCUUCUUAAGGUAUUGACUCUUCACUGUGUACAGUUCCACAGUGCCUGUAGACCUCUGGUACCUCUCACAGAUACCCCAUAUGUGACCUGUCUAGGUGAAUGCCAGCUGACUAUUCCACUGUGGAGUCAUCACGGCUUGCGCGUGACCCUGUCCUCACUCAAUCUUCACACAGCGAAGGAGGAGUCACUGAAUGGCAGAACCCCUGGCUUUUCCCCUCCUGCUCUUCUUCACCCCACCCAAUGGUGUUGAGAAACUAACUAUAGAUUUUCUUCUGCCGCCUUGGGGAAGAUUAGCUAAUUCAAUACAAACCUGAGUUAUUACUGUUUGCACAGAAAGUAUCACUUCACUGUCAUCAAAUGGAUUCGGAGGUUAAUUUGUUUGCAUGUUCAAACUGAGGUUAUUUUUGGAAGCAAGUUGGAGAUUUAUGAUUAUGGAUUUAUUAACUUCAAAAUGGUUUGACACUUUUGAGAUUGAAUUGAAAUACAAGGACAAGUUCCUUUGUAUUUUAAGUAAGUAGCUUAAAUCCUAAUUGUGUAGAUUCCGGUAAAAUAUGUACAUUUCCAUGUCAAAAGGUGUAUAUUUUUAAAUGCUAAACCCAGUUUUCAUGUUUGUGACUUCCUGAUGUACGUGGAUAAAUAAUGGCAGUGCAGCUAUUGUGUGACAUAUUCAUGAAAUAGUCUUGUCAUUAUGCAAAAGCAUAAAAAUCGUGCUCCAAUUUGCAGAAUAUCACAACAGACCACUGCAAUAGUACAGAUAGCUGGCAGCAAAGUCCAAAGACUUGCUGGCAAAGAUGUGCCUUGUUUACCACUUUCAGGAAUUGGGAGAUAGAUAAUUUCAGCAUACUUGGAAAGAAUCACCUUAACUGCUUUUAACUGUUCCGAAUCAAUAAUGACAGUUUGUUGCUGUGCUCCAAUACCCAGAUAUACUAACUUCACAUGUCAGUGGGGACAUUUUAUAAAAGUGCGUCACUAAAUUUUCAUGCAGAGUUUUAACAGCAGGUAUGCUAAACUCUAAAUAUCGUAAAACCUUUUGGUGUUCUGAAUGAGGACUGAUUAAAUACAUUUAAAAAUGAUAGUUUGUCUCUUUGCACAAAUAAUGCAACAUAAUGUUGCAGCCAACUUGAAUUAAUAAAAUACGUCUAUAAAAAUAGUAUGUACCUUCAGUAGCCUGAACCAAAACCUGAUCUUCUGUAUUGAUACAGUAACCAUGUAAUACAGGCACCCUCUUUCCUUUUCCGAUUGUAAUACUUUCUUCUGCUUUCCUAGAGGUGCCCUAUUUUUAUAAUGUAUACAAUUUAAAUUUUUAUAUUUGGAAGUUUUAAAUUCUAAGGGACUAUAUACGGAGUCGUCAGUGUAAUGAGCUUCACAUCAGUUUUGUAAAGGUUGUUCUGUAAGAAGUUUAUAUUGGUGACGUGACUGAUAAUGUUGCAUCAUGCAGUAACUCCUGAAUUAACAUUCAUUAAUAGUGUAUCCUGUAUAGUACAAUGUAUGAUAUUGUUUGUAAAUAGAAUUCACAUGCGAUAACGAUCCAGGGUUGUAUAUAUGCUUAAUAAUAUUGCUAUCAUAUGCUGUAAUUUUUGAUGGUUCUGUUUAGGUAAAGGCUAGAUUUAUUGUAUUUAGAGUGGGACAGGGCUGCAGUCACAAUAAAUAUCCAAAAUGUUGUUUUCGGGCCUAAACAGAAAUCUCAUUCUGCUUAUAGAAAUAAGUAGCACAGUGAAGAGCUGUGUCAUAAGAGCAGGUGCUUCUCCUCAUGGGAAGUUGUAAAUCUUGCUGAUGGGCUCAACUGCUUUAAAACAAUUCUUUUGAAAAGAUGCAUAAUACUGCACACUUUUUCCAAAUUGCUGUGCAGUGAGGUUCUUUAUUCAGUGGAACAAUGGAAUCCUACCCAAUUGUCACCAGAAAAUACAUGCCUGUUACAAUAAGCAGAGCCUUACAACAAACCUGUAAUUAGAAAAAGAAAUUGAGCAAAUUGAACAGAAUAAGAAACCUCCAUGAAAUGCAGCAGGUUUUGAAGUUCGAAAUAAAUUAAACUAAAUGGAUAUGGUUAAAGAAUUCAGAUUGCCUUGGUUGCCUGUGUGUGUGCGUGCGUGUGUGUGUGUUUGUGGGGGAGCUGGACACAGCUCAUGCCAUUUGUAAGCUUAGUCAUUUAAUUCAUUUAACUUUGGAAACCUAAUUCAUUCACUUAAUUUUAAGCUUCUUGGGAACUUGGCUAGUUCUGACAUUGAGUUAAGUAUACAUUGAAAUUGAGUUGAAUUGAUCUGAUGGAAAUGUUUUUAUUACAAGGUUAUAUUAUUCACAUUGAAAAAAUAGUUUCCUAUUUUAAAAUUGUAAUGGUUAAAUUAUUAACAGGUAUGACAACCAGGUUCCACUGCGGUUUCAGUCGGCUUUGCUUUUUAAUGCAUUUGCUGAUGAAAGUACAAAAGUAAAGACAAUGCCAUUGGUUCUUUGUAGAGUUCAGUUAUCAGUGCCCUAGAGCUCUAGUAUUUGUCUGUUUAUUCUAGUUCUGUCUGUUUAUUUAGAAACUCAACAGAAAGCAAAAUGUGAAAAAUUACUUGGGAUUUCAUUGCUGAGCAACUCAAAUAAAAAUGUAUUUUUUGAAUUGCCUAACUGCCUUCAAUAUCCACCUGCUUCCCAUCUUCAGUAAGAGUUAUUUUGUGGCACUGACUUCACAGAUUCCAUAUGGAAGCAGCUGACUAGUUGGCAAUUCUCUCCCUGGAGAAAAUAAGUCCCUCACCAUUUAACCUUUUUAAGAAUUACAAUGUUGAACAUUUUCACUGCAAAGAACCUUCAAGGAUUUGGGGAUAGUGCAGAAAGGUGGCGUUGAGGUAGAUGAUCAGCCAUGAUCAAACUGAAUAAUGGAGCAGGCUCAAUGGGCCGAAUUGUUUACUCCUAUUCCUAUGUUCAUGAUUUUGUUUUUAGUGUGCCAAAGUUAGCCGGUAUGUAAUUAGAAGGUAAGGAUUCAUUGGGCUGUGUAGGGAUUGGGAUGUUGAACAUUUCACUUGUAUACAUUUAUAUGACUGCUACUGUAAUUGAAAUUGCCUAUUUCAUCCUUUGUCUGUACAAUAGUCUAAUAUUAAAAUCUGGACAACAGUC